UUCCCCAGGGCUGAUAGGGAGGAUGAUUAAAGUUUUAUUGUUUUUGAUCGAGAUGGUCCUCAAGCCUUGCCCCUUGGCAGCCACUGUAAGGUCAGAUCUACCCCAGGACCACAUAAAAAGAGGCCACAUCCUGCUCUGAGGACGACUCUGGCAGUGCGUUGGCAUCAGACUGGAAUCUCUCAACAGGGCUACAGAGAGAGGCAGCAAGGACCAUGGAUACCAUUAGUGCGCUGAAGGUUUCCUCUGUGGACAUGGAGAAAAAGGAGAAUAUGGCUGCCCACCACACGUCGGAGUUCCAGACCAAAAAUAUCGUGCUCAGGCGUGGACAAAUAUUCAACAUGAAAGUGAUACUAAAUAGACCUCUUCAACCGCAGGACGAACUGAAGCUGAUAUUCUCUAUUGGACAGAACUCAUCCAAGUAUGUGGAGCUUGAUCCGAUGACAUCCUUCCGUUCUCAGGGCUGGCAUGUGAAAAUUGCCAAACAGUCCGGCUCAGAGAUCACACUGAGUGUCAUCAGCGCCGCGGACGCCGUGGUGGGACAGUACAGCCUGUAUAUCAAUAGCCACGACGCUGGGUCAUUCUUCCUUCUCUUCAAUCCAUGGUGUGCAGAUGACACUGUUUACUUACCUAGCGAGGAGGAGCGGGCAGAGUACAUCCUGAAUGAUACUGGCUACAUUUACAUGGGUUUCGCCAAACAAAUUAAAGAGAAGCCCUGGACCUUUGGUCAGUUUGAGAAGAGCGUUCUGGACUGCUGCAUGUACCUCUUGUCCAACCUGACACCCCAUGAACUGCAGAGCCCAGUGUCUGUGUCCAGGACCAUUUGCACCAUGAUGUGCUCUGUGAACAACGGUGUGCUGAUGGGGAAUUGGUCAGGAGACUACAAAAAUGGCACUGCCCCAUAUGUGUGGACCAGCAGUGUGCCCAUCCUCCAGCAGCACUAUGCCACCAAGUUGCCCGUAUGCUUUGGCCAGUGCUGGGUUUUCUCUGGAAUCCUGACCACAGCACUGAGAGCAAUCGGCAUUCCAGCUCGAAGCGUGACCAACUUUGAGUCAGCCCACGAUACAGGAAAGAAUCUCAUAGUAGACAUCUACCUGGAUGAAUCGGGCAAGACAAAUACAGAUCUGACCAAAGACUCUAUCUGGAAUUUCCAUGUGUGGACAGAUGCCUGGAUGAAAAGACAGGAUCUGCCCCCGGGCCACGAUGGCUGGCAGGUCCUGGAUGCUACACCACAGGAAAUCAGCGAGGGUGGAUUCCGCACCGGGCCUUCCCCACUGAGUGCCAUCCGCCAGGGAGCGGUCCAAAUCCAGUAUGACACCAAGUUUGUCUUCACCGAGGUCAAUGGUGACAAGUUCAUCUGGCUGGUGAAGCAGAAAGAGGGCAAGGAGAAGAACGUCCUCAUCGCUGUGGAGACCGCGAGUAUCGGCAAGAACAUCAGUACCAAGAUGGUGGGCGAGAACAAACGUGAAGACAUUACCUUGCAGUACAAGUUCCCCGAAGGCUCCCCAGAGGAGAGGAAGGCCAUGGAAAAGGCCUCUGGUAAACACACCGAUGAGGACAAGCCCAACCGUUCAUCAUCGAACAGCUUGAAGAUACAUGUCCUCCAGAAUUCGGUGGAGCUAGGGUACCCUGUCACUCUGACCCUAGCUUUGAAAAGGAAAACGGACGUCCCACAGAAUGUCAACAUUUCAUGUUCCCUCGACCUACAGACAUACACAGGCGGCAAUAAGACAAACCUGGGAAUCAUCCAUAAGACCGUGCAUGUCCAAGGUCAAGAAUCAGAGGUGGUUCUCAACAUGGCUGCUGACUCCUACAUCUACAAACUGGGUGUGUUUGAUGAUGAGAUGGUCAUCAAAGGGUUUAUCAUUGCAGAAGUCAUGGAAACUGGUGACAAGGCAGCCACUGAUAUGACCCUGUCUUUCCUGUACCCUGCGUUCUCUGUCGAGAUGCCAGACACAUGCAAGAUUAGCUGGCCACUUACCAUCAAGUGCUCCUUCAAGAACACCCUGCCCAUCCCUUUGACUGACAUCAGGUUCUCAGUGGAAAGUCUGGCCCUCUCUCAUAUGCAAUCCUGGGAGCAAGGGACAGUGCCACCUGGAAAGUUCAUCCAUUUCCAAAUGAAAUGCACCCCAGAGAAAAUUGGACCCAGGAAAUUUAUUGUCAAGUUUACUUCCAGACAAGUGAAGGAUGUGCAUUCCGAGAAGAUCGUUCUCAUCACUAACUAGCCCAGCUGAUACCACGGAGAUGAAGGCAGGAGCCCUGAUUGGCUCUGAGCCUUAGCUAAGCUUGUUAGUAUUUCCUAAAUUGUACUUAGCUUUCAGGUCAGGGAUGAUUGGAUUUAAUUACUCAUGUAAGGGCAGAUUCAAGAGCCAGCCCAGCAAAAGAUAGAGCUCAAAGGCCAAUGUAACAUCGGGCAGUAGCCCCAUGGGGGCAGGGUACCUCUCUACAGCUUGAAGCAUACAUCACAGGCAGACAUCUCAAACAAGUUUAGGAGUCAUGGCCUCAGAAGACAGUGCAACUGUCAUCGGGGUUCAGAACCGUAUACAGAGCCCAGAGCUGCUAUUCUGGGGGACUGAAAGUGCUGGAGGUGUCUUCCAUCUGGACUAUGGACUCUAUCAAGUCCAUGGGUGUCUAGAGGCUGAGUUGACAGUUCUGUAGGAAAGCAUCCUGGUCCUGGGCACUACAUGCUCAUCUCAAGGCUCUGUCCUCUCAGAAGCAGGCCCCACGCUGGCGUGAGGCCCUCUUGUCUCUAGGCAGGCCAUGGGAAGGAGACCCCUACGAGGAGUUGUCUAUGGCCAAUGAUAAUAUCGGGUAAGCAACUUACCCUGCUCUGCUGACUGGAGUCUGUUUUGCUCUGCCAGCAAGGGAUCUGCUCAGACGAUCACUAUGCUUUGAAUUAAACUCUGGUGACUUUAAGACGGCUAUGUGGUCCUGAGUUAAAUUUUUCUUUUAUACCAGCAUGCUGCUUAACAAAC